CGCAUCCCAAAACUACCAAAUUCGGAACCGAUUAAAAGAAGAAAAGGAAAUACACCGACCCGACCCACAUCCACUUGAUUGGAUUGGAACCCAAAUUCCUAAAACCCUAAAACCCACUUCACGUCUCUCUCUCAUAGCCCCUCUCUAUUCUUCUUCUCUCUCCCCUGUUUUGCUAAACUCCUUUUGCAGCGAUGACGAAAAAGAUUAAGCACUACAGACCUCCAGGAAAGAAGAAAGAAGGCAACGCCGCCAGGUUCAUAACCAGGUCACAAGCUGUCAAGCAGCUCCAGUGCAGUCUAUCUCUCUUCAGGAGACUAUGCAUUCUGAAAGGAAUAUUUCCUCGGGAGCCGAAAAAGAAAGUGAAAGGAAAUAACCACACUUAUUAUCAUGUGAAAGAUAUUGCUUACCUUCAACAUGAGCCAUUGCUCGAGAAAUUUAGAGAAAUUAGGGCUUAUCAAAAGAAGAUAAAGAAAGCUUUGGCAAAGAAGGACAAUGAUCAGGCUAUUCGUCUCCAAAGUCGUCAACCUGCUCCUACUUAUGACCGCAUCAUUCUACAAAGGUAUCCCAAAUUCGUUGAUGCCCUUAGAGACUUGGAUGAUUGUCUCACAAUGGUGCACCUGUUUGCAGUAUUACCUGCUAUAGAAAGGUUGAAAAUUGACGUGGAAUGUGUCCAUAACUGUCGAAGGUUGAGUCAUGAAUGGCAAGCUUACGUAGUCCGCACUCAUAAAUUACGAAAGGUUUUUGUGUCUGUAAAGGGCAUAUAUUAUCAGGCUGAGGUUGAGGGUCAAAAGAUUACAUGGCUGACCCCCCAUGCGCUACAACAAGUUUUGCCAGAUGAUGUCAACUACAGUGUCAUGUUAACGUUUUUGGAGCUUUACCAGAAUCUUCUUGGUUUUAUCAAUUUUAGGCUUUAUCAUUCCAUAAAUGUGGCUUAUCCUCCAAUUCUUGAUCCUCAAUUGGAAGCUUUAGCAGCAGGUCUUUAUGCACUGUCGCGAUACAUUGAUGCUCACUCUAGCAUAUUCAUUGAGGAGCCUAAAGCUUCCAGUUCAGUAGCAUCAGAGCAAGUCGGGGCCCAGGUGGAGGGGACAGAAAAUGAGGAGUCUGAAAUAAGACUUGCUCAACUUCAGCAUCAACUUCCUUCCAAUGAACCUGGUGCAUUGAUGCACCUUGUUCUGGAUGCUGAGGCUGAAAAUGAAGAUGAUCAAGAUACAAAGGAGUGUAAGAAGUUGUUUAAGAAUAUGAGAUUCUUCCUGAGCCGUGAGGUUCCCCGGGAGUCCUUGCUUUUUGUCAUUCCUGCUUUUGGUGGUGUUGUUUCUUGGGAUGGAAAUGGGGCUCCAUUCAAUGAAGCAGACCCGAGCAUUACACAUCAGAUUGUUGAUAGGCCGACCCAAGGUCAUAAAUACCUUUCAAGAGAGUAUGUCCAACCACAGUGGAUUUAUGAUUGUGUAAAUGCAAGGAUCAUAUUACCAUCUGACGGUUAUUUAGUGGGGAGGGUUCCUCCACCACACCUAUCUCCUUUUGUUGAUAAUGAGGCAGAAGGUUAUGUUCCUGACUAUGCAGAGACGAUCAAACGUUUGCAGGCUGCUGCCAAAAAUGAAGUUCUUCCAAUUUCAGGUGUGGGAAAGGAAGAUUUAGAUGACCCUCAAAAUUUGUUGGUUGAAGGAUACAUCAGUCGGACAGAAGCUAUUGAAGCUGCAGAGACAAAGCGGAAGUUGGAAGCUUAUCAAAAGCUGCAUCACGAAGAGCUAAAGAUGGAACUUCAAGGUCCGUCUUUGUCAUCAGCAUCAAAGAAAAUUAAGCAGAGCUCCGUUGAGGACAUGGAGGCUAGGGAAGAGUAUCAGGAUGCUGGACAGCAGAGUGCUGAGGACAGUGUAAGAAUGGAUCAAACAGUUAUGUCACGUAAAAAGAGGAGCCUUUAUAUGGCUAUGCAGAAAAGCAAUGAACGGAAGGAUGCUCGGAAUAAGAAACUCAAAGAAAGGAAAAAAGCGAUUGAAGGUCAAACAUCUGAGAAGCAUUAACAAGGUCAAUAGCUUUUCUCAUUUGGAAGGUUCCUGGCUUACCAAAUCCUAUGAACUUUUCAUUUAUCUAAGAGGGGCCAUGUCACGUGAGCUUGGGCUGUAGCAUAUAUGAAGUUGCCUAUGCCAAUUAUAGUUGUAAUUGGCUCAAAUUUUGCUUGAAAUUUGUGCAAAUUGUUUAAUUUGAAUUAGAUAUGCACAUGGCUUUUAAUUAUUAUUUUUUUGUUUCGUCA